CCUUCAUUUGUACCCAUUCGAUCGACGACGUCCACGGUCUAACUAGUUUUGCGUCACACAGCACAAAAUAUCGAGAAUCUAGUGAGCUGGACGCGUCGAUUUUAAGUCUUCCACUAAAGUCAAGUUGUGUGCCGCAUCAUCACCCAUCAUGUUGCGUGCCAACCGACUUAAGCUGGGCAGUCGAUUGCUGCGAACCUCGGCUUCAUCGAAGCAAUGGCGGCACCUGAGCAGUAAAACGGACAAGCCCGUCAUGGCUAUACGCAGGGAGGACUACGGGUCACAGUGGGAACGCAGGGCGCCCCUCAACCCCUUGCAAGUCAAGUCGUUCGUGGAUGCUGGGGUGAAGGUUAUGGUAGCGCCGUCCAACAGGAGAGCCUACACAAUGGAGGACUACUCCAAGGCCGGUGCCGUCAUUCAAGAGGAUCUGAGCGAGGCUUCUCUCAUCCUGGGAGUCAAGCAGGUCCCUAUCAAUCGUCUCCUGGCUGACAAGACUUACUGUUUCUUCUCCCAUACAAUCAAGGCACAGAGUGAGAACAUGCCACUCUUAGAUGCCAUCCUGGAAAAGAAUAUUCGUCUGAUCGAUUACGAGAAACUUGUUGACGAGAAUGGUAAACGGGUGGUGGCCUUUGGAAAGUUUGCCGGCAUCGCUGGAAUGCUGAACAUUCUGCAUGGCAUCGGACUCCGACUGCUGGCGUUGGGACACCAUACGCCAUUUAUUCACAUAGCCGCAGCACACAACUACCGCAACACAGGGAUGGCUAUGCAAGCAGUGCGGGACGCUGGUUAUCGGAUAGCCCUAGGGGAGCUCCCCCAAUCCAUAGGACCAAUGUCCUUUGUCUUCAUGGGAUCUGGAAACGUUUCACAGGGUGCACAAGAAGUAAUUGCAGACCUUCCUGUCGAGUAUGUUAAAGCACAAGACCUGAGGAAUGCUGUGGAGAAAGGAGACCACACGAAGGUCUAUGCCACCGUAGUUCACAGGAAAGACCACAUAGUUCGGAGAGGAGGAGGGGAAUUUGACAGGGAGGAAUACGACAGGAACCCAGAACUAUAUCGCUCCACAUUCAGCGAGAAGAUUGCCCCCUGGGCCUCCUGCAUCAUUAACGGCAUCUUCUGGAACAUCGGCCACCCCCGCUUCCUGACCAACAUGGAUACCAAGACGCUGCUGAGCCCCGAGAUGAGCCCUGUGGCCCCUGAGGCGCCGGGUUGCCCGCGCCUGCCCCACCGCCUGCUGGCCAUCUGUGACAUCACCGCGGACCCCGGUGGUUCCAUUGAGUUCAUCGAAGAGUGCAGCAGCAUUGAGAGCCCCUUUGACCUGUAUGAUGCUAACCAUAAACAUCAGCACUUCAUGAGUCAGAGACCAAGGUUUUCUGGUGAUGGUGUUCUAGUGUGCUCCAUUGAUAACAUGCCAGCUCAGUUACCAAGAGAAGCAACAGACUUUUUUGGCAACCUCCUUCAGCCGUUAGUGCCCGAUAUGCUGAAGUCGGAUGCUAAGAGGCCAUUUGAAGAGGAGAAUCUUUCUCGGAUUGUUAAAGAUGCUGUCAUAACGUCCAAUGGCAGACUUACUCCUAAAUUUGAAUACAUCCAGCACCUACGAGAAGUUACAAUGCCGCACGAGCAAGCGUCACAUCAAGUUAUUCCUUCCUCUUUCGGAUCGGAGAAACAGAGAGUUUUGUUGUUAGGCUCAGGUCACAUGGCCACACCCAUUGUAGAGUACCUGACCAAGAAUGGCAGUGUUGCUGUAACAAUAGCAUCUGCCGACAAAACAGAAGCCGAUGCCCUGGCCGCAAAGUACGACAGCACCAACUCUCUGUACAUGAACAUAGCGAGGCACACAGACCAGAUGGACAAGGCCAUCCAAGAGCAUGAUAUAGUCAUCAGUAUGCUGCCAUUCAAAUUCCAUCCGGCAGUAGCUGAGAAGUGUGUGGCACACAAGAAGAAUAUGGUGACUGCCAGCUACGCGGGACCAGAGAUGAGGGCACUUCAGCAGGGUGCAUUGGAUGCUGGAGUCACAUUAUUCAAUGAGAUUGGCUUGGACCCAGGCAUUGACCACAUGCUAGCCAUGGAAUGCUUCCACAACAUCAAGGCAGAAGGAGGCAAGAUCCGGUUCUUUGAUUCAUGGUGUGGUGGCCUACCGGCUCCUGAACACUCUGAAAAUCCACUUCGGUAUAAAUUCAAUUGGAGUGCAUCUGCCUCCGUCGGGGCCAUCAUGCGAGACGCCAAGUACCUCAAGAACGGAGAGGAGGUCUACAUCCCGCCUGGUAUGCUGAUGGAGGAGAGCAACGUCCAAGAGAUCAACUUCCUGCCGGGUUUCAACCUGGAGGGUUACUUCAACCGUGACUCCACCAGUUAUAUCUUUGCCUACGGAAUCCCCACAGCGCACACAGUCACGAGGGGAACUCUCAGAUACAAGGGCUUCUGCAAGGCUGUUACCAGCCUUUCCAAGCUAGGACUUGUAGAUGAUAAGCCACAUCCGGCAUUAGAUGACAGUGCACCAGACAUCACUUGGCAUGAGCUCAUGUGCAAAGUGCUUGGGUGUGACACACAGACUAGCUCCAGUCGUCUGGAGAGCAUUGUGUAUGAAAAACUGGGGCAGGACGAGGAGAAACUCAAUGCAGUCCUACAAUUGGGAUUGUUAUCAGAGGCAGUAGUCAACAGGCAGAAUACCCUGUUGGAAACCUUGUCUGCAUACCUCAGUCACGUACAAGGCUACCAAAACGGUGAGCGUGACCUGGUGAUCAUGAAGCACCGCAUUGGAGUGGAGUGGCCCGACAAGAUGACCAGCACAGAGGAGGUCAGCAUGACAGUCUAUGGCGAUGCCUAUGGGCACUCCGCCAUGGCCAAGAUGGUCGGGUACCCAACAGCUAUUGCUGCCAAAAUGAUCAUGGACGGUGAGAUUUUGCAGAAAGGCGUAAUCCUCCCGUUCUCCAAGGACAUCUAUCACUUGAUUCUGAACCGGCUCAAGGCGGAGGACAUCAGGGCUGCCUCGCGCACCAUCCAUCAUUGACAUCCCCAUGGCAGGAACUAGCAAGAAGGUGUUGGUUAAAAUCACAAUAGGGAUUGUUAAAUAAUGAUGCGGGCAUGGGGGACAUAUGUGACCGGCUCUACAAAAAAAGGUAUUAAGUCGCCCUUAGCAUUAUUGUGUAAUGGCCUGCUCAACAUUGAGAGGGUGAAAAUUUUGUCAAAAUGUGAUUUUCAUUUUAUGUCAUGACUGACAUCUUUAAUA